UUCUUUAGGUCAUUCUUGUGAGGAAAUUCGGAACGCAAGUUCCCAUCUUAAAGACGGGGAGUACUGGAUCGCUCUUAAGAAGAGCGGAAGCCUUUUAAAGGUCUACUGUGAUAUGACAACCGAUGGAGGAGGUUGGCUUCUGGUCUCCAACGUUGUCGUCGGCAACCUAUCUUUGCUACAGUUUUCAGAGGAAUCAUCAUACCAUGAAAUAAGUAAAUGUCACAACAAGUCCUUGUUACUCACGACAGAUGCCAUGAAGGAACUGAGAACACAAUUGUCUUUCACUCAGUUGAGAUUCCACUGCCGCAAAAACAAGGGACGUACUUUCCAUUUGACCACGGCUGGUAACAGCAGUGGUGAAGCAGUAGUACAAUACUUCAGUGGUCAGACAGAUGCCAAUCCGAAAGCGUGUGGCUCGUUUGUGAGGAUGAAUGAUGACAACUCGAAGUUAGCUGCUGAUUGCAAUCAAUGGGGUGAUAAACAGUGGGGAUAUCCUUUUAAAGGAAAAAGGAGAAAUCUAUUCGUUGCUCGUGUCCACGGGAAAUAUCGCUGGUUUUUAAAAGGGAGCUCAAGAUGGGAAUGUGACGACUUAAUCAACAAUGAUACAGAACAUUUUGGAUUGUCCACAGGUGACUUCUGGAGGGUUUUUGUUCGUUAAGGCCAAAUACAAUAAGUAACUAAACAGUUCUCACUGUCUUGAAAAACAUUCAACGGCUGACCUAGAUCAGUGUCACGUUUUGUCGUUUUUUAUCCUUUUGUUGCUAAAGCAAGCCUCCAAUGUUAAAAUAAACUGUCAUUAGAACUAUCGGGAAAAAACUAUGCGCAAUUUUUGGCAUGUUGAAAUGAUGAUACUUCAACCCGAGGCAACCGUAGUUUAGUCAUAUUUAUAGUUAGUUAAAAAAUGAUUAUCUGUAAAACUUAUUUAGGAAACGGUGAAAGGACUGAGUGGAGUCCAAUUCGGUCUGUAGUCAUAAGAGUGAGUAGCUAAGUUAAAAAAGAAAGAGAAAUUUACAUUAAAAGACUGACAAAGGAGGCGUAAAUUGUUCAGCUGUUUGAUAUAAUUGAUUGAUUUAAACUACAACUUUGAAUGUGAUUGGCUCAUUGAACUGUCUGAUAACAGUGCUUUGACGAAGGGCUAACGCUCGAGACGUCAGCUUUUAAACUCUUUAUGGUGUCAAAUUUACGUCAUCAACUCAAUUGAUAAUGCUCCAUAACCCUGUCCGAUAAUAAAUUGGUACGUAAGUUAAUGGAAAA